AUAUAUAUAUAUAUAUAUUUCAGGCCUAACAUCCCUGACGUACAAUAAAAAAAUUAUUUUGGUUAUUAAACAUGUCCUCAAUUACUAAAAUGCGUAAUAUUGAGUUAUUUUUUUUGUGUAUAAAAAAAAUAUUAAAUUUACAGGAACAGUUUAAGGAAGAUGAGUCGUUAACGGAUUGGCUGAAAAUGAUCCUUGGUAUAUGGAAGUUACAAACAGCAUCUAAAUAUAAAAAUGAAGAAAAUGUCUUAAAUUCUGAAACGCAUUGCAUGCGAUGCAUGUUAAAUUAUAAAAAGAUAAAAAGUAAAUUUCAGUGCAAUCAAUUGCUACCUUUAGUAAUCAAGUUAUUUGUGAAUCUUAUGAAAAUUGAUUAUAAAGUAGAUCUUGCUCUCAAUCAAGACACUAAAAAUGAGUAUUUUGAGAAGUAUGAUUUAAAUGAAAAUAAUGCAAUAUUACAUUAUCAAGCCAAGGAACAAACUCCUGAGAAUAGAACUCAUUUGAUUAAAUUUAAUCUAAAAAAUGGUUUGCUCUUGAAAGUUCCUAUUGAAUUUUUCAGCAAAAAAGUAUCAUUUAUUUAUACUUGUUCUUUUGACAGCCUUUUUGAAUUAUUACUAUUAUUGUAUCAAAAUCAUAAGGGAUUUAGACUAUUUCUGUACGAUAGUGCAUAUUUACUAAAAAAUUCAUUUUUCAGUACAAUUAUAAAAUAUGCUAACCUGACAUAUAACACCGAAGAUAUUUAUUUUAACAGAGGAUUAAUUUUAUAUCCUUAUGGAAAAGUCUUGAAUGAUAAUAUAAUUGAUUGCAGCAUUAAUAUAAUAAAUUUAUACGAAAAUCUAUGGGAGAAUCAAUUUACAAUUCAAAGACAAGAUAAAUGUCUCACAUGUGGAUAUCAAAAAGUAGUUCACUUACAUGUAGUAUCUAUAUCUUAUUAUUCUUUAUCUGACUUAAUAAGUAAUAAAUCAACGUUCAUAGACCAUUGCUUGAAAAGUAUAUUUUCAGAGCAUUUAAAAAGAUGUCGUAAGUGUAAAAAUAUAACUUUAACGGAAACAUUUAAAUUUGGCUGUUUUGUAGUUGUUGAUAUUGAAAAUGUUUCAAUGAACAUGACACAUACAAGUAAUGUACCACUAUUUAUUAUUUAUAAAGAAAAAAAAUUUGAACUCUUCGGAUUUAUUGCUUUUAAACCAGGAUGUCAAGACAGUUAUUCACAUUACUAUAGCUAUUAUUACAAUAAAAAUCAAAAACUGUGGGGAAUUAAAGAUGAUUUGAAAUUGUUAACUGAAUAUCGGGAAAUAUUAGACAACCUAAAAAUUGCCCUUAUAAUUUUUAUUGAUCCAACAAUGUUAUAAAAUAAUAAUAUAUAAUAAAAUUAUAUUUAAAUUAA